GCCGCCGCCGCCAUGUUGGAUGGUGCGUGUGGGUGUCAAGCGCAGCCGCGGCCGCCGGGCACCGGGACACCGGCACACCGCGCCCGCCCCGCGCCCGCAGGUCAUGAUUUUCAUUUUCUCGUGUCAUUCUCUUGAGGAGAGGAAAUGAUUGUAGCGGAACGUGUCACAAACACGCCACUGCUACGGAGCCUUCGCACUUCAGAAACGUUCCUGGAAGAGCAGAUUUAGCCCUUUGCUGUUUGUGUUCUGGAAUCUGGCUCGGUAAAAAGGGAAAUAAAAAUGACGACUUCGUCUAUCAGACGGCAGAUGAAGAACAGUGUGAACAAUUACUCAGAGGCCGAAAUCAAAGUUCGGGAAGCGACCUCCAACGACCCCUGGGGUCCUUCCAGUUCGUUGAUGACUGAAAUAGCAGAUCUGACCUACAAUGUUGUGGCCUUUUCUGAAAUUAUGAGCAUGAUCUGGAAACGACUGAACGACCACGGCAAGAACUGGCGACACGUCUACAAGGCCCUCACUCUCUUAGAUUACCUGAUUAAAACUGGCUCUGAGAGGGUGGCCCAGCAAUGUAAAGAGAAUAUUUUUGCUAUCCAGACAUUGAAAGAUUUUCAGUACAUCGAUCGAGACGGGAAAGACCAGGGCAUCAACGUGAGGGAGAAAUCCAAGCAGCUGGUGUCCCUGCUGAAGGACGACGAGCGCCUCAAGACAGAGAGGGCCCAAGCCCUGAAGACCAAAGAACGCAUGGCUCAGGUGGCCACCGGGGUGGGCAGCAACCAGAUCACCUUUGGCCGAGGCUCCAGCCAGCCCAACCUGUCCACCAGCUACUCAGAGCAGGAGUAUGGCAAGUCUGGAGGAUCCCCAGCGUCCUACCAUGGCUCCACAUCCCCUCGAGUGUCCUCAGAGCUGGAGCAGGCACGGCCCCAGACCAGCGGGGAGGAGGAGCUGCAGCUGCAGCUGGCGCUGGCCAUGAGCCGGGAGGUGGCGGAGCAGGAGGAGCGCCUCAGACGCGGAGAUGAUCUGAGAUUACAGAUGGCUCUGGAGGAGAGUCGCAGAGACACAAUUAAAAUUCCCAAAAAGAAGGAGCACACCACUCUGCUGGACCUGAUGGAUGCCCUGCCCUCCUCGGCCCCGGCCCCGGCCAAGAGCGAGCCCUGGGGACCUCCUGCUGCUGCUGCUGCCAACCAGGCGGAUCCCUGGGGAGGAUCCACGGCUGCAGCCCCUGCCUCUGACCCCUGGCAAUCAUUUGGUGCCAAACCAGCUGCUUCUGUUGACCCCUGGGCAGCACCAGCAGGAUCCACAGCUCAGCCUCUGGCCAAAAAUGUGGAUCCUUGGGCUCCUGCUCAGCCAUCUUCUACUGCAGCAAAACCUUCUGUGGAUCCUUGGGGAUCAGCACCUGCAAACAAACCUCUCUCUACUUCUGGAAGUACAUCUUUUGACCUCUUCAGUAAUUUGAAUGGUACAGUUAAAGAUGAUUUUUCUGAAUUUGACACACUUCGAACUUCCAAAAAGCCAGCUGAAUCAGGUUCCACUCUGCCAUCUCAGCACAGCGGUACCACGAGUCCUGAUCUCUUUGAGUCCCAGCACUCGAGUGGGACAUCAGGCAAACAAAGCACGGCCAGGAAAACCCCAGAGUCCUUCCUGGGCCCCAAUGCUGCCCUGGUGAACCUGGAUUCUUUGGUGUCUAAGCCACCACAGCCUGUUACUUCUCUGAACCCAUUCUUGGCACCAGGCGCCGCUACCACAGCGACUCCAAUCAACCCCUUCCAGGUGAACCAGCCUCAGCCACUGACCCUGAACCAGAUGAGAGCCAGCCCCGUGCUGGGGAGCAGCCCCUCGUUCAGCGCCGUGCCCCCGCUGAGCAUGGAGCCCAUACCUCUGUCUUCCAUGGCCCCCGUGCCCGUGGGCAUGGCCCCGCUGCCCCCCAUGGGCACCAUCAGGAUGGGCCAGGGGCUGAGCAUUGCAGGAUCAAUGCCCCAAGCUCUGCACAGUACAGGAAUGCCGCCUGCAGCCUCCCAGGCUGCAAAUACAACUAACCCUUUCCUCCUAUAAAGACCCAAUUAAAGGAACUUUUCUUUUCCUAGUGUUUCCAGGCUGAAGUCUUUCCAGCGAAACGAACGUGGCCUGUGUGGACUGAACGGUGUGUGAGAGACUUGGAAGUAGAUUUGCAGUUUACAGUAAUGAUCUUUGAAGAGUUGUCUCUACUUACCAGUUAAUCUAAAUCUAGUCUUUGCUACAGAUGGUACCUUACUUUGGCUUGUUGAGCAUCAUGUGAAAUGUUCAGACUUUUCACCAAAGUUAGAUCCUGCCCAUUUUUUGUUACUUUGGUAAUCAUUUCAAACACACUUUCUAGGGAGAGAAGCGGUGGAAAAACUCCCUUGGCUAUUUUGUAGAUGUCAGAUCAUGUGCUGGAUUCCUGAAUUUACUCUUCCCCUGCAUCUGUCACUUCCUCUGCCCGUAAGAUAGCCCUGAGAUUCCGAGUGCUAGUGAAUGUUUUGCACAUAACUACACACAGUUCUAGACUGUUGGUUCACCCAUAGUCCUUACUCUUAGAAGAGACCCAGGGGGGCUUGGUUUUUAUGCAUUAAACAUUGCAAACUCGCACUGCUUUGGUAUCUCUGAGGUGUGACUGCCAACAGCAAGGAAAACACCACAAACCCCAGACAAACACCCAAGACCAUGCUCGAGUCGUGCUGUCGUGUGCAGUGUUGAAUUCCUACACUACUCUAAGGACUCCUGGAACUCUCUGUGAGUGGCUGCACUCGUGCUGAGUGAGUGUCCUGCUCUGUGCUUGUCCAGUACCAGCUUCGUUUGGAAGUUUUUUCAUGUGUAUUUUGUUUUUAUUUGACUUACAAUGUGAGCUGAAAGGAAAAAAAAAAAUGGAAAAAACCAAGAAAAGGAGAAAAAAAAAAAGAAAUACAGUGGGACAACUUUGGAUUCAGUUUCACCGGGGCAAGCUUUAAAACUAAUUCAGGCUUAACCUUGCUAUAUGCAGUUACUCUUGUAUACUUUUGCACAUAUUUUGUUUAGUACAGUUUCAUAUUUUGAGUUUGCAGAGUUACCUAAUAGUCCUUUUUUUGCUAAUUUUUAUAAUGUGGUUCUUAUUUAACUGUCUGGUUUUGAUAGAUUUAUCAAGUCUGGCUGAAAAAUUAAGAUAUUGGCAAAUGUCAUUUUUAUGGUUUUAAUGCCCUCUUAUUUAUGGUUUUCGCUCUUUGUUUCUGUAAAGAGAGUUUAAAAGGGAAGAUUAACACUAAAAUAUUUACUUUUAAAUGAAGUAUUCAUAAUGCAAAUCAAAAGCAAAUCCUCGUGACUAAUUAUUUUUAGAUGGAUUGAAUUUGAGCAUAACAUGAUUUAAGACUACAUUAAAAAGAAAAAACACUAAA